CCAUAAUCUUCCAUCUUUUUCGGUUCCUUGUGGCCUGCAGUGUGUCUUCGCUGAAAACCUUUUCAGUCCACCGACUCUUGCAGAAAUGGCCAAGCCCAGAGUCUUCUUCAAUAUCACCGCUGACGGCAAACCCAUCGGACGUAUUGUUAUCGAGCUCUUUGCUGACGUGGUGCCCAAGACGGCUGAAAACUUCCGCGCCCUCUGCACUGGCGAGAAGGGCUUCGGAUACAAUGGCUGCACCUUCCACCGCAUCAUCCCAGGGUUCAUGUGCCAGGGUGGAGACUUCACCAACCACAAUGGAACUGGUGGAAAGUCAAUCUAUGGCAACAAGUUCCCUGAUGAGAACUUCACUCUGAAGCACACUGGCCCUGGCAUCCUGUCCAUGGCCAACGCCGGACCAAACACCAACGGAUCUCAGUUCUUCAUCUGUACAGCCCAAACAACAUGGCUGGAUGGGAAGCAUGUGGUGUUUGGAAAAGUGAUUGAGGGGAUGAACGUGGUCGAGGAGAUGGAAUCCUACGGCAGCCGGGAUGGCAAAACCAAGGCCAAGGUUGUCAUCGCCGACUGUGGGCAGGUCUGAGCCUCUGCACUUCACGUUUCCUGCUCCACCGUAGCCGCACCCCUUCAGCCUCCAUAACCAGCCGUUCCACAUUCCUGACAGAUUCAUCUGGUCCCUUUUUCUUUAUGUUGAAACAUGUUGCUGCAUUUGUGACUUUACCUUUGAAAGUUUCUUUUGCAUUGGUCCCUCCCCCUUUUUGUGAAGUAAAGGAAAAUAAAGAGAAUGCCUUGAUAAAUGAGAA